AUGGUCCAAAAUCUUAAUAGUAUCCUUAUAACUUCACCUGAGCUUUCUGAUCUUCGGAAAAGACUUAAAAAUUUAGAAACAAAAGAUGGCCAACUAUUAUUCACUGCUUUAUACAAAUCGUGGUGUCAUAAUCCAGUUGCCACUUUUUCGCUGUGUUUAUUGGCACAAGCUUAUGAGCAUGCAGCAAAUCUUUUACAAAGCUUUGCACCUACAAAUGAUACCAAACGUGCUACUACCACCAAGGGGUCAUCGUCAUCGUCAAAAGAUGAAGGAAUAAAAUUUCAAGAAUUAUUAAAUCAUUUUAGAGCAGUGCAAAAUAAACAUGAGAAAACAAGACAAAGUAAAUUCCUUUUACUGAGUAGUCAAUCAAGUCGAUCCCGUAGAUCUCGUGAUAAAUCAACUUAUUAUUCAACAUCAUCGUUGACAACAAAUCCUUUAAAGAAUACACCAAAUUCUAAUGGCAGGAAUACAACAACAUCAUCAUCCACAUCUAAUAAUAAAACUACCGGAACAGCAUCGUCUCAUCAUAAUCAACCAAGAAGACGACUUAGUUCUUCUAGUGCAAAUAGUGAUCACGGUCAUUAUGGCAAUAACAUAAAUUCAUCAUUAUCUACCGCUACUGCAAUUAGUAUUCCAGAAUUAAAAGAUGCGAAAUUCUAA